AUGCUCCUCGUUUGCCUUCAAUCGCCGUCAGAGCUCCCUCUCGGCGCAGACGCGACAUUCACCGUCUUCACCUUGCCGAAGCCUCGAGAAUGGACUGCCCUCCAUCGCAUCCCCGUCCGUCAUACUCUGUCGUCCCCCAAGAGGCGGCUGGUAAUCAAACUCGAUUGGGCGGUGGGCGCAGCAAACAGGCUCUGUGGUUGGGCGACGCGGUAUCUCGAUAUUGGUCCGGCAGGAACGCUAAAAAGAGACGAAUUCGCGACAAAGGACGUCCUCGAGCCUGCACGAGGGCGGAGUACCGAUACAUUGCUCGUCCACUUUGGGGUGUGGUGGUGA